AUGCAGGCGGACGUACAGGAAAUCCCGCGCCUCGACGUGACCCGCGAGCAGGUCGAGCGCAUCCUGCAACACCACGGCAAGCAUUCAGCGCCCAUCACGGCGCUCGAACAGUCCACGAGCACAGGAUACAGCACAAUCACGACCACCAAGACAUACGACGUCAUCCUCGCGGACGGCACGGCCUACACCCUCAAGGCCUCUCCCCCGUCCGCGUCCGCGUCGACCCUCGUGUCCGAGUCCCCGCCGUACGCACCCAACUCCCUCGCAGCCGAGCACGCCCUCCUCCAGCUGCUCGCCGCCCAGACCAGCAUCCCGCAUCCCGCCGCCCUCGCCCUCGACACCACCCUCGCCCUCGCGCCCUUCCCGUACCUCCUCCUCUCGCGCCCACGCGGCAUCCCUCUCUCUCUUGCCCGCGCACAGGGCGCGCUCUCCGCGCGCCAGGCGCUCCUGCUCGACCUGCGCGCGGGCGGGCUCCUGCGCCAGCUGCACGCCGUGCAGAACGACUGGUUCGGGCUGCCCGCGCAGGCCCAGGACGCGCUCUUCAGCUGGCAGGAGGCGUUCACAGGGCUGCUCGAGGGCCUGCUCGACGCCGCGGCCGUGCGCGGGGUGCCGCUCGCGUACGCAGACGUGCGGCGCUGCCUCGCGCGCGCGAUCGGGGCCUUUCUGUUCGACGACUGCGAGGUGCCGUCGCUGGUGUCGUUUGCGGGCGACGCGGACGCGAUCCUCGUGGAUGUGGAUGUGGAGGCGGCGGAGGACGCGGAGGUGCCGGUCACGGCGUUCCUGUCGUUCUCGCACGCGCUGUGGGGCGACCCGCUGCUCGAGACGCUCUUCCUGGACCCGAGCGCCGCGUUGACGGAGGGGUACGGUGGGUCACCGAUCGUGUUUGCACGCCAGAAGACGAAGAGGCUCUGGUACACGCUCUUCCUCGCGUUGAUGGUCGUGGUGCAAGCGGCUCGGGAUGGUGGGGGGGUACACGAGGAUAAGGUGGAAUGGGCGAGACGCACACUGGAUGAAGUUGUACAAAAGCUGAAGGAUGCCCCAUGCUACUGA